ACUCAUGCCACCCCCGAGCGCGCGCCAUCGCGUCGCGCGCCAUCGCCAUGGUCGCGUCGCGUCUCUCCUCUCCCCGCUUGCACUGCAGCUCACGCGUCGCUUUUGACCAUCCCCGCCACGCUGCCCCCUCUUCCCGCGCGCCCUCUCUCUACUUAUACCUCCCCUCCUCAUCUCGCUAGCUACCUACCCACCUCCGCGUCGUCGUCGUCGUCGUCGAGCGCUCGAUCGAUCGCCAUGGCAGCCAGCGAGCAGAGCUCCGAGUCGUCGUCGACGGCGUCCACGUCGUCGUGCGGCAAGAAACAGCAGGUGGCCGGGAAGAGGAAGCGCGAGGACGUCGGCGGCGGCGGGGAGCAGGCGGCGGCGGUGGCGUACAGGGGGGUGAGGAUGAGGGCGUGGGGGAAGUGGGUGUCGGAGAUCAGGGAGCCGAGGAAGAAGUCCCGCAUCUGGCUCGGCACCUUCCCGUGCCCGGAGAUGGCGGCGCGUGCGCACGACGUCGCCGCGCUCAGCAUCAAGGGCGCCCGCGCCGUCCUCAACUUCCCCGACCUCGCCCCUGCCCUCCCGCGCCCGGCCUCCCUCGCCCCCCGCGACGUCCAGGCCGCCGCCGCCCUCGCCGCCGUCAUGCACCACCACAAACACCCCUCCUCCUCCACCUCCACCUCCUCGCCGCCGGCUGCUCCUCCGCCGGACGAACACCACCCUCGCCACGAGCCGCAGCAGCCUGAGUCGAGCAGGGAGGAUGACCAGCAGCAGCAGCCGGCGGCGGCGGCGGCGGCGCAGAUGGCGGUGGCCGAGCUGGUGUUCGACGAGCUGGCGCCGCUGUGGGUGGAGGACGUGGUGGAGUUCGGGACGUCGGAUCAUUGCUGGACGGCGUACGAUGCGCUUGACCCCAUCGGCUUCCAGCCUCUCCUCUGGGAGUACUAGGCUGCUGCUUGUAAAACAGCUUCCUCUUCUUUUCUUUUCUUUUCUUUUUUUGGUUUUGUUUUUUGUGUGGAUUUUUUCCCCUAGUGCUGCUUAAAAUGUGGCUUGUUUUUUUUCUUCUCUCUUUCAAUCUUGAUUUGAGUUGGAUUU